GACGACGUCCACGCGCGCCGAAGACGACAAGGACUGGGCGGGCCUGCGCGCCAUUGGCGUGUGCUACCACCGCGCGUGGCGAGGCCCGCAGCUGUUCGGAGACCAAUGGGCCCUCCCUGACUGCGGCAUUCCGAGGAAAAAUUGCGCUCUUCUCGAAAGGGUCGACACCCGACUCGCAGUUCCGUUCGGGGCGGUUUCGCGCGCGGGCCCCUGUCGACGCUUGCAUCGACGGAGUGCCGCUCUUGCGUAGAAUGAGGGUGGCCCCUUCACAGCAGCGGCAGCAGUUGCACCUGCAGUGAUCCCCGGGACCUCUCACUCGCCACCUCACUUGCUCCCGCGGCGGCGAUGGCCGCGCCCCUACAGGCUGGGGGCUCGCCCAGCGGUGGGUCUCCCCGGGCCGCCGUGCCGCUCGGCGGCGGGUCUCCCCGGGCCGCCGUGCCGCCCAGCGGCGGGUCCCCCCGCGGCGAGGUGCCGGCCGGCAUCGGUGUGAACGUUAAUGUACCCCCGUCGGCUAAUCUACCUCCGUCUAGGGCUUCGCCUGGGGCCAGCUUGCCUCCACCGCCCCCACCCAUUGCCGACGCGGACGGGGCACAGCCGGGCGAUGCCAUUCAACCGGCGCCGGGCACGUUUGUGACGACCACGGCAGCGGACGCGCCUGUAGCGCAGGUGAUGACCGGUGCGAAGCAGGAAGGGUUCAAGAAGGAAUACGUGGCGGCCGUCAAGUCGUACGAGGAGCUUGUCGGCGAAAACGUAGUUCGCGGCAAGAUGUACCUGGAGAGUAUGCCGCAGUACGAGGCGGGACCCAUGCAGGGUGCAGGAUUCGGCGGUAUGGGAGGCGGCUUCGGGGGAUUACCCAUGGGAGGCGGCUAUCCCCAAAUGAUGGGAGGCUACGACAGACCACCGAUGGGAGGUGGCUACGGGGGUUACGACAGAUACUCGCCGAUGCGGGAACGGCCACGGAGUCGUAGGGAAGAUGACUACUACUACGACGAGCUGCCCAGAGGAGCACCGUCUGAGACAAGGUUGCCCGUGACGAAGGAUUCCGGAAGCCGGGCUGAGCGCAUCAUCCAGAAGAUACGUCAGGACAUCGAGGCCUUCGAGAAGGACGCCCCGGAGGACGCGGCGAACGUUCCGGGCAGCGGAAGCUUUGAUAGGAGGCCGCGAACGGGACCCCUGCGCGCCAUGAGGAGGGCAACAGAUGAUUACGAGGACGACAUGGAGGACGGCGAUGACUACGACAGACGUGGUCGAAGGAAACGAUCGAUGACGCGGUACGAAAACGAGGACAAGCAGCACCAUCACAAGUCCCGCAGGGACCAGUCAUCCUCCUCCUCCUCUUCCUCGUCUUCAUCGUCCGAAGACCGCCGAAGCAAGAAGCGGCACGGCGGUUCUAAGCGGCGGAGCCGGACGCGGUCUGCAUCGCGUCGCUCCCGCAAGAAGGACCAAGGUAGGCAGGACGAGAUGCUUGAUCCUCGACCCACGACUGACCGCAACUUUAUGCAAGCCGGCAUGCUGUACCGAUACGAGAGCCAGCCGCUAUUGCUUGUCAAGGGAGAUGUCUACAAAAAGGAGGAAGGCGCAGCGGCGGGUGCGCCAGGACAGGACGCUCCGAAGAACCCCGAAGAAGGAGCGGCUCAACCGGCGAUGUUCCUGCCGCCGGACCAGUAUCAGGACUUUCUUUUGGACGUCCGGGCUGGUAAGAAACGCUCGGGAUACCCUGUUCGUGCGACACCUUCGAAUGUGGCUCAGGAACUUGGCAGGUACCAUGACUUCCUUUGCAGCGUCUUACCGGAGGGUACCUCUCGUAAUACUCUGGUGGCCGAGGUUGGGAAGUACCAGCAGUUCAUCCUGGGAACGAACGGCCCCGGGCACGACAACUACGAGUUUCUUGUGGCUACUAACAAGGGCGUCGCGAAAGUUGUCAAGCCUUCUGCUGCUUCAUCGGCGGAAAAUCUCGGGAAGUCCGUCGCCGGUUACCAGUCGUUCACGGUACAAGCGAAACGCCCUAGCGACAACGCGUUCGCGAUGCAGGCCAUGCCUCGCAGAAGUCCCAGCCGGCCGAAGGGCGAGCGCUACGAACACAUCGAAGCGACGCCGCAGCUCAGGACAGAGUGGUGGAGCCGCACAGCGGGCGUCUAUGACGGCACCGGAAGGCCCGCGUCCCGAAGCAGGUCGAUGAGGGGCCGCCGCGGGCUGGCGAGGUCCGCGUCCCCCCGCAUGAUUUCUCCACAACGGCGCAAGGCGUACGACGAUGAGAACGUCGAGGCGUACCAAGAGGCAAGCUUAGAGAUGGAGGGCCCCAUGGGACAGCAGUACGCACAGGUGUGCCUGUCUAGGCGAUCUGGAAACCCGGGCAGGAUGUACUCGAUGAACCGCAAGUUGUCUCCCACCGCCGUCGGCUACGGAAGCCCACCGCGUGUGCCUUCGCCAGAGAUGCUCGCCAUGCAGAUGCAGGGGAUGCAGAUGGGAGGAAUGCAGGGCAUGCAGAUGCAGGGCGUACCGAUGCAGGCGAUGCCCAUGCAAGGGAUGCCCAUGCAGGGGAUGCCGAUGAUGGGGAUGCCGAUGCAGCCCAUGGCCAUGCAGCCGAUGGCCAUGCAGGGAAUGCCCGUGCAGUACGACCCUCGCUCCGGGCGCGUCCCGAUGCGCAUGGAUCGCAGGAUUCACCAGAUUCUCACUCAGCAGCAGGGAGGAGGAGGGCGCCACAACGCCCCCAUUGUGCAGGCGCAGUUAGACGGCGAAGGUGUCGUGUUCAAGUACCAGAUUCAAAACGAAAGCAGGCAGCGUCAGGCGGACGACGGAGACAGCAAGACCAAAGACGUGUUGAUCGAGACGUCGAAGGAGCCUUCGAUAGAACGAGUCAUGAGCAACGUCCAAGUGCAGGUCGACGAGAAAAGGGUGUCCAAGGCGACCAACGCGCGUGUUAAGACCCGCGCGUCAUCGGCGACGACGCACGACGUGGGGUCCAGGAAAAACGCUGAAGCUCAGGCAGAGAUCGACGAAAUGCCUCACGUUAGCUUCACGAGGGAUCCCAACUUCGACUCCCCCCCGCUCGGGUAUCCGUUUCCCAUGAUGCAACCGCCUUCGCCUCCGCCGUCCCAGGUCAUCUCAACGACUACAGUGCACACGCAUCAGCACCACCACCACUAUCACGACCCGCGGAAGAACUACAAGAUCGCCUACUUGCUCCCAAAGAGUGGCGACAUCAGGAGGGACAGGUCCACCCAGGACCACGACCGCUACGAGGACCAAGAGCCGCUGGGCGCCGCCGUAGGCGUGCAGUGCAUGUCUUUGUACGAGAGGUUCAUGAACUGGAUCUAUCCGGACACGAAGCAGACCGAGGAUGUGAGUCUGAUGACGGACGCAGAGGAACUCACCGAGGACAGGAAGAAGUCCGGCAAGAAGGGCAAGAAGGGUGCCAAGAAGGACGGCGAGGGCAAGUCGGAGGUCGUCGGCAGUGAGCCGGAAGCUGAAGCGAAGAGCAAGUCCGCCGAGGCCAGCGAGAAAGGCAAGGACAAGGAAAAGCAGGAAGAAGAGAAGAAGAAAGUGCCUCGUGGUCCUCCGAUACCGGUCAACCUGCCGUGGCAGGGACACGAGUACGAGUAUGAAGAGCACAUCAAGCCCGACGGGACACGCGUCGGUACAUACCGCUACAAGGGUCUGGGCGGCGCGCCGAAGUACCCCGAUGACGAAGCUCCAUCCAAGGGAGCGCUGAGGCUUCCCGACAACCAAGCAUCCAGGGAGUCCGUGGCCUUCGAGACGACGACAACUCGAAUGGAGAUGGACGGGCAGCAGUUUUGGCAGCGCGAGAUUCGCCCCAUACCGGCCAGUGCUCGCGCGGCACCGAUGGCGCCCAUGUCGCGAGAGGUGCACCAGAGGCGCGAGAGAGAGCAGCCGUCGGCGCGGUCCCUGUCGACCCCGCAGCAAUUGCGCGUCAACGCCCAGGCGAAGGCGCGCGUCGUGGAACGAGGUGGAAACAACUUUCCCGACAACUUCGUGCCCGACGUCCAAAUUCGGGUGGACUUCGGCGACACCUCGGACAACAGCGGCUCGCGCGACUCGAAGAACAAGUCCAGCGGGGGUGCUUCGUGGCAGCCCGCCGACAUGGUGGUCUCGUACGCGCACAAGAACUUUGACGACAAGAACAUGUUGGACGAUGAAGAUGACGACGACGACAUGCUGCCGUCCGGACACGUCUACGGAGGUCAUGGCUCCACUAAGAAGCUCAUUAGGAGGGGCCGCAAGGUGCGCGGCAUGCCCAACAAGGAGCUGAUGGCGUACUCCAUGGUGGUGGUCGUGGCCGUCGUAGGCCUUGCGCUGCUCAUCACCAUGAGCGGCCACAGGACUCAGUCGAGGCAGCCUUUCGGACUGGAUCGCCACCUCGUCCUGAACGCUUCCAAGUUCAAGGCAGUCCAGGCAGGCCCAGCCAACGGUGGCUUCUGGCAUGCUGCGCCUCCAGUAUGCAGAGAUGCUCGAUGCUUGACCAGAGGAUCGGCGUACGUCAAGCACCUGACCAAGGACUACUUGAAGUCCGCCUGCUCGGAUUUCUACCAGUUCGUGUGUGCCCACCGAGACGUGGCCGAGUCGCCUCGCAUCAUUGCCCACCGUGCCCUCGAAGACGGCGUGCUCAGCGUGAUCAAGUCCCAGGAGAAAUACCCGGAACUGAUGACCGCCAGGCACCUGUACAAGGAGUGCUUGAACAAAGAGGCGAUAAGCGAGCGCGGCUGGGACCCCCUGGCCGAGCUGCAGGAGUCCACCGACCUGUCUGGCUGGCCCUUCACUGACCCCGUGCAGCAGCCGCUCAUCUGGCGCGCCGCGGCCCGACUGCUGCGCCGCUUCAACCUGCCCGCACUGCUCUCCGUCGGGGUGGAGAAGCACCCGCACAAGCGCGGCGCCAGCGUACUCUCGAUCGGCCCUCCCGAACUGCUGCUGCCCCCGCGGGUGGGCAACCGGUCGCUGAAGUGGUACUACGGCGCCGUGAUGCACGCGCUCGCCCCGUUCCGCGAGCGGCUCGUCAUCCCGGUGUUCGCCGUCGAGGUGUCCGCGUUCGAGAGCCGCCUGGCCAACAUGCUGCGCCCGCAGCCCAGGGUGGCCGUCGAGAAGCUCGCCGAGCACCCGGAGCUGGCCGAGUUUCUGAGCAUUGCCCUCGAGAACAUCACCCACGUGACCAAGUCCACGGAGUUCCUGGUCAAGGACGUCGAGUUUGUCAAAGAGCUCGUGACCGCCAUCAAGGAGACGGCCCCGCACAUCGUGCUCAACUACUUGGGAUUCCGGGAGGUGGUGGCGGCGUCGCCUUUCCUGCCUUCCAAGCUGCAGGCCCUGAGCGCGCUGGGCAGGUCGCCGGCGCUGCGCAAGGAGAUCUGCCUGAGCGCGGUCGCCGAGUCGCUCCCGGUCAUGACCCUCUACGCCGGGUUCAACGCCUUCAGGCAGGGACUGCAUGACUUCAAGGCUGCAAACGUCACCGGAGCCACAAAAGACGCUGUCUCGUCCUUAGUGAAGAAAAUAAGCUGGAUGGAUGACGCGACGAAAACGAAGGUCUCAAAGAAGAUGCUGAGUAGCCACUUAAGAACCUUCCAUCCUGGCUGGAUAUCGGACAAGUUCAAGGUUUUCGCCCAACAUGAAAACGUACCGAUGGUGACCGAAAACGAGGGUCUCCGUUCGUACGCGACCAUUCGGAAGGCGCUCUUCGAGAACACGUUGAAAACAGAAGCAGCCCACAUCGACGAAAGGUGGCUGGGUACCAUCCUUGACCCGGAGUGUUCCGCUGACGCCCAAGGAACAAACAUCUACGCUCCGGUGUCCUUCUGGAACGUCUCGUAUCCGUCUCACGACAACUUCCUCAUGAUGCACAUGCCGGACACUCUGCCCAAGAUCUCUCGUUGCUUGGUGGCUCAGCUUCUGCGAGAAGGGGCCGGCGACCAUGCGAGUCCUUACUCGCAGCCCACGUGGUCUGACGCCACCAAGAAACACUUCAAGAACGUGCGCCAAUGUUUCACCAAGCAGCUGUCCGAGACCGUCAGCCAGAACGCCUCGGAGACGGAGCUCCUUUCAGUGGUAGCAGACGCCGCUGCCAUCAGCCCAAGCUUCAAGAUCUACAAGCACUUCGUCAACCAGAAGAACAUCGAUGGCAAGAGCUUCGAGAAAACCUUCAACAUGAACGUCGACCAGUUCUUCUUCGUUUCCUACGCGUCGAGCUACUGUGGGAGCUCUCCGCCUGCGAAGCCUUCCCAGCAUAGCGAGGUGACCAACCGUGACAGGGUGAACACCGCGCUGAAGAACAGCCCCGAGUUCCACGCCGCCUUCCGGUGCCCUUCGACCCGCGCCAUGAGCCCCGCGCACCGCUGCCAGCUGUGGCACGCGUCGUGAACGCCACGAGCGCCUCUUUCGUCCGCAUCCGAACCGCCCACAGACGCACGAGAAAAAACAAAACCUGGAUUCGACGCGAAAAUCUCCGAAGAAGUUUUGUUUUCUGUACUCUGGGACCCCAUUGUGCCUGGACAUCAACAAAAAGUGCCGUGUCGACAAAGUGUUCUGUUACAUAAAUUUUUUUUUUUCAGAUGCCGGCCGCA